GAAGCGACUGUAUUGAAAAGGAUGCGCACGGGCAUAGCUGAGCUCCAUUUGACUGCUGGUUGGAGAGCGUGCAUGAGAGAUCAGCCCCUGGCUAACAUGGACGUGGAAGACUUUCCACCCCCUCCACCUGAAAUGUUGGCGGACGGCGGCGACGAAGACGAGGGGGAGGCCUUCGAGUUUGAGGACAGCGGCGAUGAGGUCACCGGGGCUGACCUGCCGCCCCCCGCCCCAGAAGCUUCCGGCGCCCCCGCCCCCGCCCCCGCCCCCUCGGAUGUCGCGGUGGCGGCGGGCCGGGUCAAGGGUCCCGCGGAACCGCCCCCGGCCAGCGCGCCGGAGGACACCCCACCGGUCACGGCGAGGACCGCGUCCAUCGCCAAGGGGGCCCCCGGGGAGGACGGAGAUCUCCCGCUUCCCCCGCCCCCAGCGGAGGAGGUCGGCAGAACAGGGGGCCCUGACCUGCCCUUUGAUGAGGCCGCCCUCCCGGGGGCCCCUGGCCCCGUCCCCCGGGGCAAGGUCAACCCCUACUCUGUCAUCGACAUCACCCCGCUCCAAGUGCAGCAGCUGGAGCAGCCGCGUGGCUCCGCCCCUUCCUCCCCGCCAGGCUCCGCCCCUUCCUCUCCAUCCGGCCCCGCCCCUUCCUGUCGGACUGACCCCCUGGAGCGGGCGGCGCCGGUUGUGCCGGGAGCAGCGCCGGCGGAGACCCAGGAGGGUCCCCGCGACGGCCCCCGUGACGUCUCCCCGGGUUACGCCAUCCCGGUGCCGUGCGGCUACGCCACCCCGUCUGGCGUGCCGCUCAUCACACCCACCUACACCACGCCGGUCAUCAUCCGCCACCUCUCCAUGGACGAGGAAGUCACAGUGAUGGCGACUGGAAACCCCUCUGUUGACAGUGUUUUUAGUGAGGACCCCCCCCCACCCAUCAUAGAGGAGGACGCGCUGACCAAAUGGGUGUCCGACCCCGCCAACACUGCCUGGAUGGAAAAUCCAGAUGAGGUGAUCUACGAUGACGUGCCCAGGGAGAACUCAGACUCCAACACAGACCCAGACGACAUGAUCUACGACGACGUGGAGCUGGGGGAGGACGGCGGCGGCGGCAGCUCGCUGGACGCCGGCUGGAGCUCCAGCGAGUUCGAGAGCUACGACGAGGCCAGCGACGGCGAGGGCCGCCCCGAGAACGGCAUGCCCCACGCCUUCAUGAGGGGCAAGCCCCCGCAGAGGAAGACCCACCUCUCUCAAGAUCUGACACGCUUGAAAGAACACUAUGAGAAAAAGAUGAAAGAUCUUAUGGCAAACACAGUGGGAACGGUAGAGCUGCAGCAGCUCAAGCAGAGGCACGAGCAGAAGAUGCAAAAGCUGGUGAAAGCUGCCAGGGAAGGCACCAAAGACGGACUGGAGAAGACCAAAGCAGCGGUUAAAAAAGGACGCUCUUACAUCAAGACCAAGUCCUUCUGUAACGAGAGGAAGUCUGCCUUCUUUGAGGACGAGGAGACGGACCUCUUCAUCGAAGUGGACUGCUUCAACGUGGAGCCGGUGUUGGGGCCCGCCCCCGAGGGCCUGUCGCAGCAGCAGCUGGUGAGACGGUGUAUAUUGGGAUCGAUACUGGAGAGUGAGAAGAACUAUCUGGACGCCCUGAAGAGGAUAUUAGAGCAGUACGAGAAGCCACUGUUGGAGGUUGAGCCGAGACUACUGAGUGACAGGAAGCUGAAGAUGAUCUUCUACCGGGUGCGGGAGAUCCUCCAGUGCCACUUCCUCUUCCAGAUCGCCCUGGCCAGCCGCGUGGCGGAUUGGGACAACCUGGAGAUGAUCGGAGACGUCUUCGUGGCGUCGUUUUCCAAGUCCAUGGUGCUGGACGCUUACAGCGAGUACGUCAACAACUUCAGCACAGCCAUGGCCGUGGUGAGGAAGACGUGCGCUGCGAAGCCCAGCUUCCUGGACUUCCUCAAGCUUCGUCAGGAGACCAGUGGCGACCGCGUCACUCUGUACGGCCUGAUGAUGAAGCCCAUCCAGAGGUUCCCUCAGUUCAUCCUGCUGCUCCAGGACAUGCUGAAGAACACCCCGGUGGGCCACGGCGACCGGCUGCCCCUGCAGAUGGCGCUGACGGAGCUGGAGACGCUGGCGGAGAAGCUGAACGAGAAGAAGAGGGAGGCGGACCAGCGCUGUGAGAUCAGACACAUCGCCAAAGCCAUGAACGAGCGCUACCUCAACAAGCUCCUGAGCAACGGCAGCCGUCACCUGAUCCGCUCCGACGACAUGGUGGAGACGGUUUACAACGAGCGCGGCGAGAUCAUCAAAACCAAGGAGCGACGCCUCUUCCUGCUCAACGACGUGCUGAUGUGCGCCACGCCAAACAUCCGAUGCAGCCAGGACGGCAGCGGGGGCGGGGCCAUCGGCAAUGCCCCCCCGGGACACAAGUUCCUGCUGAAGUGGAGCGUCCCCCUGGGCCUGGUGGACGUGGUGGAGUUCGGCUCCAGCGAGGACGUGCCCGCCACGGGCCGCCACCCCGGGGCCCAGCACCACUCCGGGGAGAAGGUGGUCAUCAACGCUAAGCCAAGCAAGCUGUACAUGGGACCAGGCCAGCUGUACCAGGACCUGCAGAACCUCAUCCACGACCUCAGCCUGGUCAACCAGAUCUCCAGCAUGAUCGGCAGCCUCAAGGGAAUCUAUCAGAACGUGAACCCCGCAGUGGCCCAGGACUGGAUGUCGGGGCUCCAGAGGCUGAUCCUGAAGAAGGAGGAGGAGAUCCGGGCGGCCGACCGCUGCAGGAUCCAGCUGCAGCUGCCCGGGAAACACGACAAGAUGGGCAAACCAACGUACUUCAGCGCCGUGUUCAACACCUUCAGCCCGGCCAUCAAGCAGUCGUGGAUCAGCAACCUGCAGAUGGCCAAGCUGGCGCUAGAGGAGGACAACUUGCAGGGCUGGUACUUUGCUGAGGAUGAUGUGAGUCAGAUCAAGAGGCAGAAACAUCCUCUGCUGCUCCGGCAGAUGCCAGUGGUCAUGUCCAAGCUGCAGGAGUUCAAGGUGGAGUGUGCAGUCCACAACCCCGAGCCCCACGUCAACACGGAGAGCACAGCGGACAGCCCCGCCCUGGGCCACGGCUGUGUCUGGGUGGCCAGCUGCACCAACCAGAUGGGCCAGAUAGCCAUCGUGGCCAUGCAGAGCUCCAACCCCAAGGUGACCGAGUGCUUCAACGUGGAGUCCCGCAUCCUCUGCAUGGCCUACGUCCCGGCCGAGCCGCCCACCCAGCAGAACGGGGACGCGCCCCGCGAGGGGGUCCACCACCACGGCCCCCCGGGGAGGGCCAGCGACACCCCCACCGUAUGUCUGGGCAUGGAGGAGGGCAGCAUCAUCGUGUACAAGAGCAGCCAGCGCACCAAGAAGGUCCGCCUGCAGCACUUCUUCACCCCGGAGAAGUCCACCGUCACCAGCCUGGUCCACAGGGGGCGCUGUCUCUACGCCGGCCUGGUCACCGGCUCCGUGGCCAUCUACUCCAGACAACAAGACGGCCUGUGGAGCUGGGAGCAGCCCAGCGUGCUGAACCUGGGGGUGCUGCCCAUCAAGGCCAUGCUGGCGGUGGAGGAGCACGUGUGGGUGUCCUGCGGGGGACACGUCUUCAUCGUCAGCACCCGCACGCACUCUGUGGAGAGGCAGCUGGAGGCCCACCAGGAGGAGGGCAUGGUGGUCUCCCACAUGGUGGUAGCCGGCGUGGGCAUCUGGAUCGCCUUCAGCUCGGGCUCCACGCUGCGCCUCUUCCACACGGAGACCCUGGAGCACCUGCAGGACAUCAACAUCGCCACGCCCGUCCACAACCUCCUGGCCGGGACCCAGAGGGUGACGGUGAGCAGUCUGCUGGUGUGCUACGGCCUGCUGCUGGUGGGCACCAACCUGGGGAUGACCGUGGCCCUCUCGGUGCCCAGACUCCAGGGCAUCCCCAAGGUGACAGGCCGCGGCAUGGUGUCCUUCCACGCCCACCACGGACCCGUCCGCUUCCUCACCAUGGCCGCCGCCGUGUGCAACCGCACGUCCGGCGACCAGCCCGCCGCCCCCGCCCCUGGCCUCGCCCCCACCCCCGGGGAGACGAGCGAGGAGUCGCCGGAGGCCGGCGCCACCCCCAUCGGCCAGCAGCAGCAGCAGCAGCGGCGAGGAGGAGGCGUGUGGCUGGGCGAAGCGGGCUGCACGGCCAUGGCCCUGCAGGACUCGCUCUCCAGCUCGUCCUGCGGCAGCCUGGCGCCGUCGCAGGGCUCCCUGGAGCACGGGCCCGAGGACGGGGCCCUGUACGACCUGCUGCACGACCCGGCCCAGCAGCAGCACCAGAGGGGCCGCGGCCCCGCCAGCAAGGUGGACGUCAGCUCGCUGCUGGUGGUCUCCGGGGGGCUGGGCCACCGCAGGGUCAACAGGAAGAGCAAGGCCCCGCGCCACGAGGACAGCGCCUCCACCGUCAUGGUGUGGCAGAUCCCCCUGCUCAACAUGUGACCACGUCAGCAGCAGCAGCAGGGGCCGGGGCCCGGUGAGACGGGGGCCUCAGUAGUUCACCAACGGAUCAAUAGCCCGAGGACAAAGGUUGCCUUCAAAGGUUGCACUUGUGUAGACCUGUUGAGGUCUUUUGUUGAAGAAAGAAAUGCCUGAACGCCUGCUGUCCUCUCUGAUUUUUGAAUCAAUCCGUUUAUUCUUUCAACAGUAUGACAUUGGGCCUUCCACAAGGUUCCCAGUGGUAGCACGAACGGAUGUUCUCAUAGACAUACACGCAUCCACAUGCACAUGGCCCUUGCACGAGGCCAAAGGGAGCUCAAUAAAACCACUUAAUCAUGCGGAAGAGUGCUACCGGUGGACAUUUUAUCAUGGGAAGCGGAAGCCAGUUGAUAUGGAUGGACUGGUGUGAAAGUAAACACAACGGUGUCGUAUAACAAUCCUAAUAGACUGGAUUCCUCUCCUCCAUGUGCCAUACCUGUACUUACAGUAUUGAAACCUGUAUUUCACUUGGGGCAAAAGGACUGCAGAAAUGUUCGCACACCAAGUGUGCGUUUGUGCGUGCGUGUGUGUGCUUGCGUGUGUGUGCGCUUGCGUGCGUGUCUCAACAGAGUGGGUUCAGAGCUGGUAUGUUAAAAGCUUUAUCCGUUCUCGGUGUCGAGUAUUCAGCUCUCAUGUGGCCUGUUGGGCGUCGUAGAGGUGCUGCAAACUACACUGAGUAUGGGAUUGUUUUAUUUUAUAUAUAUCAUUAUUUUUUAUUUGAGAUUGGUACACUGAAGCUGACUCAUGUCUCAUAGCAGUGGGCUGCCGGAGCAGAGUGUAGAGAUCUGUCUGAGUCUGAACAUGACUGACCCAGCGUGAGAGGCCUCAAAGGGCAUACCUGGCGGGCCAGGUUUCCACUAGGAACGAGUGAGGACCAGGAGGGAACGCUUUAUUGUUUGACACAUUUGUGUUUAAAAAAAAAAGGGUAUUACAAAAAAAGAACGACAUGCAAAGCUUUACUUUUGUCACGGUCUCCAUGUAUUUUUUUGGUUGUAUCUUAACAAAUAUAUAAACAUUUCAUUCAAACCUAUUUGUGUAUUUUCA